AUGGCGGCCGGGGGUCGAGCGGUGCCCGCAGAGCUGAGGGGGCUCACUGCCAGGGAUGGGAAGGAGCGGCACAAACUAAGAGACAUGCUGUGUGACCAGCUCAGCCGGGACCUGCUCAGGCUUCUAAAUGAAGGACUUCAUGCAGAUAUCGUUCUCAAUGCUGGCCAGGCAAAGUUUAAAGCCCAUAAAGUUAUACUUUUGGCUAGAGUGCCUAGGUUUUACAUCUAUAUUACUAGGUACUCAUCAGCAGAGAAGAAUAUUCUGGGGAAUAUUAAGUCUUCUGAAAUCCGGGCAUUUUUGCAAGUUGUGUACUCCUGUCACUGGAAAGUGAAAGACCGGGAAGAGCACAUUUUAAGUUUGAUAGAUGAAGAUUGGAUGACAUCAAUCCAAGAGCAUGAAGCUGUGUCACACAGUAAUAAUAAGCUGCCUGCAUUAGAGGACUCCAAUGAUAACAAGUGCUUGUACUGUAUUACGGACUCUUCUCAAUCUCGUGCUGAAAAUGGCCAUCCAGAACCAAAGAAAGAAGACACUGUUGGUAUACUAGACACUGUUGAUCUUCAAACAGCAUCUGGUCUGGUGAGCGAUUUGCUGUCGUUUUUCCAUCGUUCUUGCUGCCCUGAUGUUACUUUUCAAAUUGAAGAUAAGCAGUUUCCAGCACAUAGGGCUAUAUUAAGUGCCAGGUCAAGCUAUUUUGCUGCUAUGUUGAGUGGUUGUUGGGCUGAAAGUUCUCAAGAUGUUAUCCAGAUUCAAGGAAUUCAGAGUGCAGAUAUGAUUGUCAUUAUGCAUUUCAUUUAUGGAGGAAUAUUGGACCUGCCCAAAAAUGUUGAUCCUGGUCAUAUACUUUCUAUUGCUGACAUGUAUGGACUAGAAGGUCUGAAGGAGGUGGCUAUCUAUGUUUUGAAAAGAGACUACUGCAAAUUCUUCCAUAAGCCACAGGUCGGAAUGCAGCAUUCAGUGUUCGAAUGCCUUUCUAUUGCUUAUUCUCUUGGAGAAAAACAAUUGUACAAUUCUUGUAUGAGGUGGAUUGAGAAAUAUUUUGUGAAGUGUUGGUCUGAAGAGAGUUUUUCCAGUUUACAUGUAGACCUGCGAAAAGAGUGCCUUACAGUUUUAGUCCAAUCAUUGUCUUACAGAAAUGCAGCUUUUCUUUUGAUGGAAAGCGACAGACUGAUCAGAAGUCUCCCUAGUGUGAAGUGGGCUGAAAGAGCGAGGAGCUUGGCAUCUGAGCUUCAACGUGAAUGUUUCAGCUUUAUGGUUAAAAACUUUUCCCAGAUAAUAAAGAGUGAAAACUUUUCUCUUUUAUUAGAGGCCCAGGGGAUGAGCAGCACACCAUAUCUUUUAGAACAAGUUUUUAAUGAAAUUGAAAAAAGCAUAUCAUUUGAAAACAGUCCUUAUCUGUUUAUGGCAUUGGACGAAUUAUUCAUUGUAGCAUCGGGAAAUGAAAUGGGUUUUACGUGCAAGAUACAGGCUCUGCGUGAAAAGCUGUGGACAUUCCUGCUUCAGUCUUUUUAUGCUGUUCGGCACACAGAGGGCUGGAAAUUGAUGAGGCCAGACGAUCAACAGAAAAUAGAAGCAGCUGCCGUUGACAAGGGUGAUGAUCGAAGGCUUACAAAGAAACCAAUACUUACAAGUUCACAGCAAAAUCGAUCUAAAAUAGCUAGACUAAAAGACAAUUACCUGACAUCUGUUGAAAGUAAGAGACAAUCAGAAGGUGAUUCGUCCAAACCAAGGAAGAUGAAAUCUGAUUCGCUAGGGGCUCCUGGACAUUCCUCAAAUGUUGUUAGAAAUACGUCUGCAAAAGGAAAAGAUGAUGAUGCAAAAGGAAAAGAUGGAAAGAAAACCGUUACAAAAGGUGCAAAGGACCCAAAAGCCAUAGAGAAAGCAGCCGUUACUAAACCCAAAGUCAUUACAAAAACCAAGCAGGAAUCGAAUGGUCAUGCAAAAACUGAAAGCUGCCCUUCCAAAGGAGACGCUACUGGCACCGCAAAAUCUGGAACAUCUGGAAAAUUGGGAGCUAGGCCAAAAGUUUCAAAUGGUAGCGUAAAUUCACAGACAAAAGUGAAAUCUCUAAAGAAGGUCAGCAAAGAGCCUUCCUCUCCAGUUAAAGGUUCUGUGCCAAAUGUGAAAUCUGUGAUCUCAAAUGGAGAACCUUCAGGUUGUAACAGGUCACCAGAAGAAUUGAACCAUGAUGCAACAUCUAGUGAGAAUCGUAAUACAGCUAAUUGUUCACCACAGAGUGGCAAAACCAUGAACACAGCAUUGGAUGGUUCUAAGGAUACAGGCCUGGCAGUGAAAUCAGAAUCUCCAUCAAAGAUGACCAAUGGGGCCUCCAGCAAAAGAAAGGUUAAUGACGAAUGUCGUGGAGAAGUUAACAGCUCAUUAACAAAAAAAACACUAGUGAAUGGAGCCAAUGAAUCAGUGCUUCAGAAAAAAAAAGUAACAAAAGUGAGCAAUAGUGCUGCUCAGAGGCCAAAGAGUGCCCCAGCUGCCGUGUCGAAAAAACAAGGAACACUAUGUGAUGGAGCUUCCCCGCUGAAAUCCGGCGUUUCUUCCAAACAAGCUGAUGUCAAGUCCGAUGCAAAGUUAAUGAGUCAGUCUUCCUCUUCAGACAAACGUGCACCAUUGAACAAAAAGAGUAUAAAAACAGCACUUGGAUCAAGCAGCAAAACAAGUUCUCAAACCACGACAAAUAAACAGAGUUUAGGUGGUAAUAAAUGUGCUUUGGUUAGUCAUAAAGAGCCCAAACAGAAAGUAUUAUCCGAGUCACAUAUGUCUAAAGUUUCAGCCCUAAACCACAGACUGGAACGGAAGGAUAGUCCAGCUGAAUUCAAAAAUAGCCAUGACCAACACGCAUUAUCUUUGGAGCCUGCUCACCAACAAGCAGAUGGCUUUGAGAACCAUGAAUCUUUAAAGAAUGAUGGCAAGCAAGCUGUAUCCUGUGUGGAGCCAUCAGGUCAUUCAGAACAGUUCUGUUCGGAGGACCCGUCAUUAACUGACUAUGAGCACUGUCAUGAAAAUUCAAUAGGCAAUCAAAUUUCUAUGACACAGAAGCCUAAUUUAGAACGUUGCUACUGCCAAGAAAAUACCCAAACAGCAUCUGCUGAAGUUUAUGCAUCUGAUUCAAAAGCGAGUUUGACAGACGUUAAAAGUCAAAGAAAACAAGAGAAUGCUGACAUGACCUCACUUGAUGAGCACUUUGUUUUGAAUAUAUUAAAUGAUCAAAAACUAGAAGGUAAAAAUAUCUGUGAUUCAGAGAAUUCAAAGUGUGCUGACAGUUCCAGUGAAAGUGAAUUGUGUUCUGUAAAAGAAGUAGAAAGAAAUCUGAAAGAAAAAGAUUUAAGUGAAAAUGUUUUGUUAUAUUCAGAAGGUACCGAUCAUGUUCUGUGUAAUUCAGUACAAAGUACUGAGCCUGUUUUACAUCAUAUGUCCACAGGUCAUCAGGCAGCCCUACGUAACCAUGAACAUUUUAUAAACUGUUCCUCAGAAAGACCAUUCUCAGAAUGCCCCAGGGACCUAAGCAUCACAGAAAUAAUGGGAAGCCAUGAAAAUGGUGACAUUCAUUUUGCAAGUCACUGGAAUAAGCACUCAAGUACAUUACAUGAAAGAGAGAGUCCAGAAUCUGAGAGUGGAAGUGCAAGCACAUCCUCUGAUGACAUCAAGCCAAGAUCAGAAGAUUAUGAUGCCGGUGGUUCUCAGGAUGACGAUGGAUCAAACGAAAGGGGAAUCUCAAAGUGCAGCACCAUGCGUUGCCAUGAUUUCCUUGGAAGAAGCAGCAGCGACACAAGUACCCCAGAAGAGCUGAAGGGUUAUGAUGGUAGUUUGAGAAUUGAUGUAAAAGUGAAAAAAGACAAUUCAGAUCUGUUUCGCAUUAACUCUACAAGUGAUGAUGAAGUACCACGAAAAAGAUCUGAAAUGUGGUUACAGAGAGAUGUCCCCAAACACAGCGUUCACCCAAAAGCUCUUUGUAGCAGUGUACAGUUUCCUCAGGAAAUAGAACACCUUUCCUCAUCAGCGGAUGAAACUGAAGAUGAAAGGUCUGAAGCUGAAAAUGCGGUAGAGAAAGGUGUGCCAGGUGUGUCAGGUGUGUCCUCUGAGCCAUUUCAAGGAAUAGUGAAUUUAGCAUUUGAUGAUAAUGCUGAGAUUGAAAGUGAAGGCCAGCUUGUUUCGGGUAAUAAACCAUUCACAAGAUCCGUUUUGCUCUCUGUUGAUGAGUGUGAAGAGCUAGGAUCUGAUGAAGGAGAGCCUCAUCCUUCACAAGGGCGCAAAGCAGAAUCUUUGACGCCAGCUGAGGUAUUUGAGAAAAGUUCGAAUGAACAUUCCGAAACAAAAUAUUCAGGAUGUCCUCAAAAAGAACUGGACUCCACUAACCUUACAUUGCAGGAUGGUGGCAAACAAUCAGGGAAUGAAAAUAUAUUUUUAGUUGCAGAUUCGUGCAGUGAAAAUUGUGUGACAAGCUCAGCAUUGGUUUCUGAAAGACAGCUUGUGGAGGCCCAUGAUGUUGCAGCAUCCUAUACAUGUAAGGGCUUCUACAAACACCCAGAAAGUGAACAUAAGUCUCAAACAAGGCCUUGUCACUUGGACCUGUACACAACAGAUUCACCAUCUGAUAUGCAAAGGUUUUGUCCUGCUAAAACUCUUAAUGCAUGUAAGAGUGAUAUUCUUGACCACCAAGUGAAAGACAGCCAUGCACCACCCACUGAAAGCUCCAAUACUGCUUUACCCCCAGGACACAUAGAUGAUUUUGACUCAUUGGCACAAACCUCCAUAUGUGAAAAUCGUCCUUCAAAGUCCCUUUCUCCUAUAUAUGAGAUGGAUCCUAGAGAUGGGAUUGAGCAGAGAAUGACGACUGAACCUAAGAUUAUGGAUUUUGGUUUUGAGGACCAGCAUUUUGUAGAUGGGGACUGGACACUUCUAAGACAACUACUAGAGGAGCAUGGUUCUGAUGUGGAUAUCAUAAACUCUGUUCCUGAAGACCUCAGUUUAGCACAAUAUCUUAUCAAUCAGACUUUACUUUUAGCUAGAGAGAACUCAAAAUCUCAGGGUAAAGCACAUGUCAACACUUCAAGUAGAUGGGGUGACUUGUCUUCUCCAUUUGAUGAUUCUACAAGUGCCACAAUGACUAGCUUUUCUCCUGAUGACUCUUCACCACACGGGGAGUGGACAAUUCUUGAAUUAGAAACACAUCAUUAGAUUGGUUAUUUCCAUUUACUUUCUCUUUGUUCUCUAAUAGGUUGGUUUUCUUGCUGGUUAUGAUUGAGUUGUUAAAUUAACUAUACAGUUACAUACUUUUAUCUUUAAAAUUUAUAGACCGGUGCCAUCUAAUGCUAUGUAUUUUGAAGAAGAUCUUUUAAAUAAACCCCACUGCAUUAAAUAAAACCUAUCAUGCAUAAUUUAGUGGCUUAAUACAGUUAUGCAAGGGUAUAAUUGUUUUCUCUCCUUUUGUUCCAAGAUAGCAGGGACUUUUAUAUAUUGACAUCUAAUGACAAAAAAGAAACCCUUUAAUGCCACUUUAGACAGUGGUUUUAGAAGCCUAUGUUGGUAUACAAACCAGUCCAUCUUUUGAUGUAUGUCACUAGUGCUGGAACAGAUCAACAACAUGGCUAGUGACCUCACAAUUGCUGUUAAUGUUUAAAUAUGUUAAUAUUGAAAAUAGCUUGGUAAACUUAUACAGCCCGUGCCAGAGGCACCAUUUUUUACCUACUAAAAUGUUGGUUUCCAUUGCUGCUUGAGCAAGAUCUAAGCAUGUGUUUCCUUUUUUCCCCCUCUGUGAUUCAUAUUAAUAAAAAAUUUUGUCUUGAAAUAA